AUGCCAUUACAGAACGCAUUCAUUCUAGCCGUAUUACUUAUCUGGAGUUCAGUGGCUGCUAAACAUCAUAGUAAAUCCAACUGGAGAGAUGUCUACGAGGAAUUUUAUGAUCAGCUUCCAAAACACUUUCCAAUUGAGCAGCUGUCGUACUUCGCUGGUUGGCGCCAACACCAGGGCGGAACUUAUGAGAAUUCCCUGCUUGCAGGUAAACAAGUUCAAGAUUGGAGGAGAUGGGGCUGGCCAAUAGUGAAAAUGGUCAAUUUUACCGUCCGUCUUCUGCGUGGACCGCCUGAGAAGGGUCCGUGGAACGAUGUUGUGAUUCUCGAUAGAUCUACCCAUGUAGAGGGUCGACGUGCUCAAAACUACGUCACAUUCAGCUGUACAGAUCGACAGCCUCACGGAAAUGAAACUUGUUUCUUGGAAGAGAAGAUCACUAUUCCCGUGUACUGUGGUUUUUCUGGAGCUGGCAAUGCAACCGGUCGACCGGUUUUUGUGAACUAUGCCCGAGACAACGAUAUGGCUGUUUUUACAAGCGCACAGGAGCUCUGUCUUCAGGACAUCAUCGUGGUGGCUCAACACGGCUACACGUCCUACGGCAGCAAGGUACGGCAGGUGGUGAAGCAUUGUGCCAGACUGCAUAGCAGUGCAUUGCCCGGAGGAAUGGUUAUCUAUAGGGACCCCACGGAUUAUGGACCAGACAUCAAGGUGUAUCCCGAGGGAAUUGGUCUUCCCACUGAUGGGGUCGCCUAUCGGAUUGCCAUUUAUUGGGCAGAGGACCAGGCCGUCGCACCAUUUCCGGUGCAGACAGUUAACUACAAUGACGCCGAAGUCAUAAUAAAUGGCAUUGGUGGUAAACCGAUUCCUAAGGAGUGGGAACCGUGCACAAUAAAAUUUAUGGGGCCCGAAGGCGAAAACUUGAUUCGACUAGAAGUACUGAACCGAAUGGACGAGACGCCAUCCACACUUGUCAACGCUAUCGGCAUAAUGCCGGGUAGAGGUCCUGAGGCGGAUAAGUAUGUGGUCUUUGGUAAUCAUCGUGACGCAUGGGUUCAGGGCGCCAGCGAUCCUCAUUCUGGUACUGUUGUUCUACAAGGCAUCGCCUAUCUCCUUGGGAUGGCCUAUCAAAAAGGAUGGCAUCCAAAACGUAGCAUUGUGAUCGCGAGCUGGGAUGCCGAAGAGGUGGGUUUGAUUGGCUCGACGGAGUUUACCGAGCUCUACCGAGACGAACUUCUGGCCAAAGCGGUGCCUGUAAAAGGCAACGCCACCUUUACCAUACGAACCGAUCAGUUACUUGAAAAAGCCCUCCUCGAUAGUGCGGAAAGCGUGCAUGGACCGUGUGAUGCCUCGAUGAGUUUCCUUGAGGAGUGGGGCCAACGAAAGAACAGAAGUAAGGGUGAGCAACCAGGAACCGUUCCAGUAGGCGGUUCCACAGAUCACGUCCUCUUCCAAUAUCAGUUUGGAAUCCCAUCUACUUAUCCACAAUUUGCACCUGAACCGCCUCUGUAUGAAGCUCCCUCCUACCACACCGCCUACGAUUCGGUAGCUAUGGCAGUGAGGUUCACUGACCCACCAUGCAGCUCCGACGGCACCUUACUUCCACUUCACCACUUCCUCAUUCGCUAUCAUUUCCACCUCUUGCUCAAAUUCUCCAGCAGUCGGCGUUUGCCCAUUUAUCCAGUUCCAAAGGCUACUGCGCUGGCACAGUCCUGGAGCAGCAUUGUUUACGAUGACUACGAAACAUCCAACAUUACGGCACUCUAUGGCAUUAAUCUCGUGAGGGCAUUGGAGACUUUAAACGCCUCAAAGGUCUUCGAAAAGUACUUUGACAGACUUGAGUACGGGAAACAGAGGUGCUACCCCCUCUACAAUGACAUGCUUGGGCGCCUCUCAAAACAUUUUAUCACCUAUGAGAGUGCCACCAUGCCAAGACACGUUCUUGUUGACAGUUCAUACGCCUCGACCCACUGCGACAGUUACUUCCCCAAGAUCCGCACUGUUCUUCAAAAACUGAGCCAAUGUGCCUAUGAGGAGUCUGCACCUCUGGUGAAGGAGCUUAAAACUGAACUCUCCAUCCUCGUAACUGCCUUUACCUCUGCAGCAAAUUUGCUUCGUGGAGGACUUCUUGGUUCACUGAGCUCAGUGAAUGCAUUUUCCUGCGCUCGCUCUAAUUAG